GAAAAAAAAAAGAGAGAUAAAUAAGAUUUCUCUGUCUUAAGACUCUAAACUCGGCUCAACUCUCAGCGUUCCCGCCUCUAUUAAGUAGCAAAUCAAAAGCCGUCCUUCUUCACCAUCCCCUCUUCUUCAUCUGUUAACGCACUUCUGUCGCCUUCUUUCCUGAGCUCUCUCUAUUAUUUUCUUCCUCCGACCCUGAAGAUCUCUUUCGGUGAAACUCGCACUAAUCUGAUUUUCAAUUUUCAAACCACUUACGAAACCCUAAUUUCUCAGUAACAAGGCAGGUUGUUGUUUUGGUGAAUUAGUUUUAGCGAGGGUCUGACCAUGAGUGUGGAUGGUGAUUCUUCUCCGUUGAGUUCUUCUGGUAGUGAUGAUUUUGCUGCAUUGCUUAAUGAAGAACUAGCGGGGAUUUCUUCUGAUGAAUCAUUGGAGGAGGAGGCAGAUGAAACAGACCAAGACCAUGAUGGAGAAGAAGAAGAAGUUUAUGAAGAACUAAAUGUAGAAGAUGCUGAUUUUGCACCAAAGAGGAGUAAAAGGCAAAGGUUGGAUAUGUUGGACGAUGACGAGGGGCUGCAUUGCUCAACUUCUCUAGAACCAGUUUCACAAAGCUCAGAUGUAUCUGUCCAGUUGGAAAUAUGUGCACAUCCAUCACUUAUUAAAGGAAUGUGUGUAAAAUGUGGGCGGAUGGUGGAUGAUGUUUCUGCCGUAGCACUUGGGUACAUACAUAAAGAUUUAAAAGUCGGCAGUGAUGAACUUGCCAGAUUACGUAAUAAGGAUCUCAAGUCCUUGUUCCGCAAGAAAAAACUAUACUUGGUCCUUGACUUAGAUCAUACUCUACUUAAUUCAACACAUUUUCAACAUAUCUCACCUGACGAGGAAUAUCUAAAGAGCCAAACAGAUUCACUUCAAGAUCUUCCAAAUGGGAACCUUUUUCAAUUGGACUCAAUGCGCAUGUUUACGAAGCUGAGGCCCUUUGUACGGACUUUUUUGAAAGAAGCCAGUAACAUGUUUGAGAUGUAUGUAUACACCAUGGGAGAACGCCCUUAUGCAAUGGAAAUGGCACGGCUACUUGAUCCUGGAAAGAUCUACUUCGACUCGAGAGUUAUUUCACAAGCUGAUUGCACCCAGAAACAUCAGAAAGGUCUUGAUGUGGUGCUGGGAGCAGAGAGUGCUGUAAUUAUCCUCGAUGACACGGAGUAUGUCUGGCGGCAGCAUAAAGAAAACCUUAUCCUCAUGGAUAGGUAUCAUUACUUUUCUUCAAGCGGGCGGUCAUUUAACUUGAACAACAGGUCCCUCGCAGAAUUAAAGAGGGAUGAGAGCGAGCCUGAUGGUGCACUUGCAACCAUUCUCGAAGUUCUUAAGCGUAUACAUCAGCUGUUUUUUGACUUGGAGCAGGAUGAUGAUCUCAUGAGGAGAGACGUCAGACAGGUGCUGAAGACAGUUCGUAGUGAAGUUUUGAAGGGAUGCAAGUUGGUUUUCAGCCGUGUUUGGAAGAUCGGAGAGCAGGUUGAGAACCAGAGACUUUGGGAGGUUGCAGAGGAGUUGGGAGCCAUCUGCUGUAAAGAGCUCGAUGCAUCUGUCACCCAUGUUGUUUCAACUGAUAUGGGGACAGAAAAAUCUCGUUGGGCUGUGAAGUAUAAGAAAUUUUUGGUUAACCCAAGUUGGAUCGAGGCUGCCAAUUUCUUAUGGCAACGUCAACCUGAAGAUAGUUUUGCUGUAAAUGACAGUAAGAAAGAACACUAAACUUGGGCUUCAUUUAUAUUUUGAGCAAAUGCAGUAUGCGAUCAUUGGUACAUUCAUAUCAAAUGAACACGACACAAGUAACUUUGGUUGCAGGCGUACAUUAAUCAAUGUUUACUACUUGUCCUU